AUGGGAAAAGGGAUGGAGAAGGGGUGGGGUCUGGGAUGGUCGUGGGUGUUUUCUGUCCCUGGGACUUGGGCAGCCCGGGGAUGCGCCCUUUCUCCAGCCUCCGGCAGGUGCAGAUGCGGAAGCAUCCGGACGCAGAAAACUAAAGGCGCAGUCGAGACGUGGGUAAGAGGCACCAGGGCGGAUGACAUCCAACAACCUCAGCGGGUGUCACCCAGCCUCACUCCCCUCUCUGGCCUCACGCUCUUCCUGACAGCCACCUUCGGAACCUCGGCCCCUGACAACAGAGACCGCACUCUCCUUGAUAAACAGGCUUCCUCGGCAGCACCUUCACGCCAAAGGCACUCCGUGCCCCUGGUCGGAUUAAAGGGGUGA